UAAACUGCUACAAGAUCAUGCCUUUGAAGGUCUAAUCAACCUUGAGGUUUUGAAGCUAAAUAAUAACAGUCUUUCUGAAAUCAAUCAAAAUACAGUCAACCAAUUGAAAACCCUUAGAAAACUGGACAUUUCAAGCAAUCCAUUGCAGUGUGACUGUGCUCAAUCAUGGCUGUCCAAUUUAGCCAGAAGUUUAACUCUCAAAAUGUCUCCAACACCAAAGUGUUCAUCCCCUGCUGGAGGAUUGACAUUAGUUCAGUGGAUUGAGAAAAGUUCUUCAAUGUGCGGCAGUAACCUUCAUACACUUGAUUUACUCAAGAUACAACCUAAACAAGAUCAGAUUGUCUUUGAAGGAGAUCGCUUACAACUUCAGUGUCAUGCCCUCCUUACUGGUCUAGACAACCCAACAAUAUCUUGGUCAUGGGGAAUGCAAGAUCCAUCUUUAGCCUUCCAAGAUGUUCAUUUAGAGAAUGUUAAUGUGUCUGACAAUGGAACCUUUCAAAGCUCUUUGAUAAUAGAUCACUUGACGAGUAAUCACUCAGGACAAUGGAACUGUUUGUUGGUAUCUGGUCAGGCUAAUCAUUCUCGAACAGUUUCUGUCAUAGUAAUCUCACAAAAGACAGUCUAUUGCCCGCAAACAGUUACCCGCAGCAAUAAGGGUACGUAUGUUUGGCCUCAAACUGUUGUUGGCUUCUCAGCAGAGUUGCCUUGUGAGGCUAUUGGUUUCAACAGUUUUCACAAACACUCAGCAUUUUAUGAGUGUUCGAGUGAAGGUAGGUGGCAGUCUCUAAAUACCUCACUCUGUCCGUAUGCAAGUGAAACCACACGAUUACUGCAAGAUUUUUCAAAAAUGAAUCUUAGUGAAGAACAUGGUCCUGCAAUUGUAGAAAGUGCCCGUCGGCUCUUGAAUUUGUCUUGUGGGACUCCUCCGCCGUCAGAUAAGAUGGAUGCUAUCUUCCUCUCAAGAGCCAUUUUCAAUUAUCUAAAAUUUUUGCCAAAAGAAAAAGAGGUUGGAUCACUUUUAAUUGAUAUGGUGAGCUGUACAAUUCAGAUGCCUCGCCAUAUUUUAAGGGCUGCUCAAAUAGAGGACCAAACAUGUUCGAGGCUGGUGCAGUCUGUAGAGAGUGUCACUCAGCAUUCAUCUUCAUUGCAACCACAACGGGCCACGUUGGCAGUUGAGGAAUUCCGUGUCAGUCAUACCAGUUUUUUGGGAAUUACAUGUGUCUGGUACUCAAGUGAUGCAGAAUAUAUUGCUUCUGGUAACUCUCACUCUUCUAAGAUAUUUCAGUGUUCUGAAGGAAAUAACACAGCAUUUUUGUCUAGUAGAGAGGAUCUCAUAGAAGCAUCUAUUCAAAUACCUCCUUCACUGCUUGAAAGACUGGGUAUGCCGGUCCUACCUUCUUACCAACUUUUAAUCUCAAUGUUUGAGAAUGGCCACUUAUUUCCACGUCUCAAUAGAAACGACUCUAAUGACAGGUGGGAUGUGGCUUCCAGUGUAAUUGGAGCCAAACUUGUUGGGAUGAACGUUCAGAAUCUUGUUGAUCCCUUGUACAUUGCGGUCCGAGGCCGCGAGGCAGGAGGCUGGGCGCGGCCGCGCCCCGUGUGGUGGGAUGAGGAUAUGAAUGACGGCACAGGAGGCUGGAGCGAGCAGGGCUGCACAUUGUCGCAUCUCAUGCACGGGAAGCUUGUCUUUUACUGUGACAGAUUUGGCUACUUCGGCCUCCUUCAAGAGUUGCCGUUUGAAUUUUUGGAAAGGAUGCCUAGAGGUUUUUUGCAAUUAGCUCACCCUGCUAUUUAUAUAGGGAGCUCAAUAUUAAUAAUCAGUCUGAUUAUUGCAAUAGUGACCUAUGUUGUUGUCGGUCCACGCAUACAGAUGCCAAAAAGAUCCAAGCAUGCUCUCAUUAACACAUGGAUUGCUAUCGCUCUUUUAAGUUUCAUGUUUAGCAUUGGAGUUCACCAGACUGACGAUGUUGAGCUCUGUCAAAGCAUAGGUGUGAUUCUUCACUACCUUACCCUUUGUUCGCUCCUUUGGAUGGCUAUCACCGUGAGCAACAUGCGCAAGUCAACUAAGAAGAAGAACCCUUUAGAGAUGGGUUCAGAAGAUGAUCUGCCUUCUAGCUCUCAUCCUCCACCAAAACCCCUUUUGGGUCUUUAUUUGGUUGGCUGGGGCAUUGGUUUGAUGGUUGUUGGAGUGAGUGGAGCUGUCAAUUUGAAGCAGUAUCGAUAUAUAGUUGAAGGGGAGUACUGCUUUUUGGUACCGAACUCAGCUCUAGGUGCAGUGCUUGUACCCUGUGCGUCUGUCAUUGUUUACCUCCUCGUGUCUGCCCUAUUGGUACGCUGUGAUCUCUCUCAACGCCAAAGUGACACUAAUGCCCAGUUGUCAGACGGCACUCAGGGCACUGAGAACGUCGACUUGGAUUUAUUGGACUGCACUGGCCCUGUCCGUCCUGGGAUGGGCAGUCUCAGUGUCGGCAGCACGGUGAGCAGUGAGGUCGAGGACGCCGAGCACACUCCUGCGACUCAGCUCAGGGCCACCCUCAUCGUCUUGCUGCUCUUCCUGUCGCUCUGGGCGGCGGGGGCGUUCUCCACCGCGAGUCAGCUGCACACCCUGCUGCCGCACGCCCCGCUCGUGUUCGGCACCUUGUACGCCGUCACCGCCUUCCUGCUGGCUGUGUUCAUCCUCUUCUUCCACUGCUUCGCGCGGAGCGACGUGCGCCCCUGCUGGCGCGUCACGCCCUGCCGCGGCCGCCACGUCUCGGACGCGCGCGCCUCCGAGCUGACCCACUCGGCGCCGGCCGGGGCCAGCAACAAGCCGCCGGCGGAAAUCACCACGACCGAGAAAGUCUCCAACCUGGAGAAGAAUGUGAUCCCGCAGGGCAACGGUCCCAUCUCCAAUCACGUUUCAAGCUCGACGAGCAUCAACUCCAACAAGUCUCACAACCAGAGGGCUGCGGUCGAGCUCAACAAGGCUGUCGAGUCGACGGCCGAAGAACCGCAAGAGACCAAGGCCUCCAACAUGCAUCUCAUGCCAGUUUAUCGGUCCUACCCCAGCGUCACGGACGCAGAGAUGUUCUACAACCCACGCCAGAGUGACAUGGCUCGCAAGUUCUUCCGCAAGCAAAAGAGACAUGGCCCAGGGGUGAAAUCUCAGCAUGAUUUUGCACGUCGGCUGGGCGAUGGGGAAGGAAAUCAGUCUGAUAUGGAGUCUACGAUACGAGACUCCUUGAAGGGCUCAGGCUCCAAGGUGAGCAACACCAACAUCCAUGUGGAACAGGCGGGUAAUGAAUCCACUACGUCUCAUGCUCACAGCUGCAACAUACUGGCUUCUGAGGGGCAAGCUGCCACCAAUCACGAACGGUGGGUGAUUGGAGCGGACAGUCCUCCCCCUCUAAACAACGAUGGGACAGUCAGAAGCUUUAUGUCUGACAGCAAUAGCCUGUCGGGGAGGAUAUUGGAAAGAAACUCCUCGAGGAGGCGAAGGAACAGAGGAGGUGUCAGUGAUGCAAACGGUUUGCAUGAGAGGAUGAGACAAAAGUACCAUAAUGGGUCACGUAACGGAACAAUAAGCAGUGUUUCCUCUGUCCGAAGUCGAGAUGUUGAGAUGGAUGAUGACUUUAUGAGGGUGUCUGUCGUUGACGAAGUUCCAGAUAGUGGUCCAGUACAGAAGACGUCAGUUUAUCCAUGGGACAACAGGAGUGUUGUCUCAGGUACAUUGUCAUUAGACCCAGUUUCUGAAGUGGAAAAUGAUGUAUGCUCUGUAAGUCGAUCAAGUCGACAUAGUAGUCGAAGCCCAGCAUCAAGAAAGAGGUACAGGAGAGUUGAACCUCCCUCAUUGAGGUCUCAUCCUACGUCUCUUGCUAGCUCAAUUGUAAGUCUUCAAACUAGAGAUAACUUACCCAGCUCGUAUCCAGGAGCAGCAGAAAAAGAUUCAACAAAUGGCAUUGAAGAUGCUAAUGCCCUUCAUAAAAAAGAAACUUGUGUAUAAUAUGUUACUCUAAGUUAUUUACAUUUUUAUUGGUGAUGCUGAUUUUAAAUCAAAACAAUUUGACACUGCCAUUAGAAUGAAUGUCUUUUAUUGUUAUUUUUUAAAACUCACUGCCCGUGGGCCAUCUGUAAGCAAGACAUUAAGCACUUGAGAUAAAAUUGUAUGAUUUUUCUUUGAAAUAUUAUUGACUUGCUUUUAUCUUUGCUGUGAUGUUAGAAAUAUUACUCUUGGCAUACUAAUUUGUUUUGUCAUGACUGAUUUAGUCUCUUUUUAUUGUACAUAGUUUAUGUACCAUAUAUUUUGCCAAACAUCAUGGUUCAACUGAGAUGGUUUUAAGUUUUUGCUGUACAAAGACUGGAUAUUUCAAAGUGAAUUUUUGAAAUUGAGGGGAGUUGUAUUAAGGACUGUAUAAUUUAUUGCUCUUGUAAGUAAAACCUAUGAACAAGCUUCACUUCAACAACAACCAAAAAUAAAAAGAGAAGCAAUUGGACUCCAGUGCUGGUAGUCUUUUUUUUUCUGCUCUAGACUGAGCCAGAUCAGAUUAGAAAAAAACUAUCCUAAGUGGAGCUUAGUACAUUAUAAAUUUGGUUUAUAUUUUGCCAUGUCACUGCUCUCACUUCCAUGUAUGUGUAGUUUUAAUUUUCCAUACAAAGAUUUCCAUUGAACAUUAGUGCCAUUUCAAAUUUAUACCAUGUGGUCAUUGAUGCCUGACUUUUUAAUCUGACGUAAAAGUGAAUUGGAUUUAUAUUUACUUUGCAAUUGAUAAACUAGCCAGGAAGUUAUUUCAUUAAAAUAUGUAUAUGUUCUCAAAUACUACAAAUACUGAAUCGAAUUUUCUUAUAAAUUCUGAAGAGAAGCAUCUACUUAUCUACUUUCCUGUGUAGGCCAUUUUUUUCUGAAGUGUCAUGGGAAUAUUGAUAUUAUUUGUACAGACUGAACAAUUUUUGCCCUGUUGGGUGUAUGAUAUGUAAUUAGUGUUAUUCAUAGAUAUGUCUAUGAAAGUUUUCUACUAAAGUGCUUUUCUGUGAUGUUUUCUCUCAAUUGUAUAAAAGUAGCUAUGUAUUAUUUUCAUUUUGUGUGUUACUCUUUACAAAUCAUGGCUUAUGUGCUUUGUAACAUAUUUCAUUCAUUAAUAUACUUAAUAGUUUUGUAAAGUGGAAGGAAUAGAUAUUGAGAUUAUAUUGAGGGGGUCAGGGACUUAUUAGUUUUAGUCAUUACCUCUUGUUUUGUAUAAUUUAAAUUAACACAUUGAGUCCCAUGAUGGGCACAUGGUAGCCAUACCUUGCUGGGGAAUGCCACCCCCGUUAAUUUCUCUGGGACUCAACGUGUUAAUGUCUGUGUGUAUUUCUUAAAUAUUCUUUUCUGGACGUAUUUGUGAGCUGUUUAUCCCUUUAAAACCUGUAAACUAUGCCCAUAAGUUUGCUUUAAAUUUUCUAAUCUUAGCCCAGUGCUCUCCUGUGAUCUGAUGCAAGGACUUCGUAAUCAAUAUAUUGUGAAAGUGUUUCUUUGUACCAUUCACCCAAUCCGCAUUCUUGAUUUCCUUGAUUUUUGGCAGUGUACAAUGAGCUGUAUGACUUGUGGACUUGUGGCAAAGAUAUUGUUGUGCUUCAAAAUUUAAAAUAUACUAUUGUUAUUGUUCAA